AUUUAGCUUUGUUUGGAAAACAAACUCCAGAAUUUUCUCUCAUUUAGAUUUGUUUGAAAUACAAAUUUCAUUCUUGUGUACAUCUCCAUAUUCACACUUCCUAAAUCAUAUUCUUAUUCACCUCCUCUUCUAUUCCAUAAUGGCUUCUUCUUCAUACACUAAUGAUUUAGAUAGAGCCAUCGAUGAAACUAUUGAUCAAUAUUUUGAUCAAGUGUGUGAUCAAACCUUUGAAAAUCUUUCCAUUGCAUUUGGUGUUGAGGAAGAGACAAUAAAUCCACGAAAGAGAAGAGCUUACAUUGAAAGAAACCGUGAAGAAGGGCACAACCGUUUGUGGAAUGAUUAUUUCGCAGAAAAUUCAACAUCUCCCGCAAAUCUAUUCCGCCGGCGUUUUAGGAUGAACAAGCCAUUGUUCAUGCACAUUGUUGAGAGGCUUUCCACUGAAAUUCCCUAUUUUCAACAGAGGAAUGAUGGUUCUGGAAGGCCAGGUCUCUCUGCGCUUCAGAAGUGUUCAGCAGCAAUCCGUCUCUUGGCGUAUGGCACUGCUUUUGAUACGGUUGAUGAAUACCUACGUCUCGGUGCAACUACGGCUCGUAAAUGUUUGGAACAUUUUGUAGAAGGUAUAAUUGCUCUCUUUGGGGAUGAGUACCGAAGACGCCCCACCCCUCAGGAUCUUCAAAGACUACUUGCAAUAGGAGAGUCCAGAGGAUUUCCCGGGAUGAUAGGAAGCAUUGAUUGUAUGCACUGGGAGUGGAAGAAUUGUCCCACGGCUUGGAGAGGACAAUUUACCCGUGGUUCUGGCAAGCCCACAAUUGUUUUAGAGGCUGUAGCCUCAUAUGAUUUGUGGAUAUGGCAUGCAUUUUUUGGACCUCCAGGUACGUUAAACGACAUAAAUGUUCUUGAUCGCUCACCUGUUUUCGAUGAUAUCAUACAAGGUCGGGCUCUGCAAGUUACUUUUUCUGUCAACGGAAGAGAGUAUCAUAUGGCUUACUAUCUCACUGAUGGUAUUUAUCCGAACUGGGCUACUUUUAUACAAUCCAUUAAACUUCCCCAGGGUCGAAAGUCAAAAUUAUUUGCUACCACUCAAGAGAGCGUCCGAAAAGAUGUCGAACGUGCUUUUGGUGUAUUGCAAGCUCGAUUUGCCAUUAUCAAAAAUCCGGCACUUUGUUGGGAUAAAGCAAAAAUUGGCAAGAUUAUGAGGGCAUGCAUCAUGAUAGUAGAGGAUGAACGGGAUGGAUUCACGCUAAGUAAUGUCUCUGAAUUCCUACAAGGAGACGGAAACGGAAAUGCACAAGUGGAUUAA